AUGGCCCGAAGAUCUGCCCGAUUGGCCGGAGAAAAGGCCCCUGCUCCCCAGGAGCUGCCCUCCAAGCGCGCCAAAAAGCAAAAGGUGAAUGGAAGUGACAAGAAGGAUAUCGAGGAGUCCAAGACCGAGGAGUCCAAGACCGAGGAGUCCAAGACUGAGGAGGAUGAGGCUAAGACCAACGAGUCCAAGCCUGAGGAAGUCCCCACUGAACUCCAAAUCGGAGACGCCCUGCCGGAGAAACUCACACUGCUGGACCAGGACAGCAAUCCCAUCGAUCUGAGCGCGCUCGUGGCCAAGGAACCCAUCGUCGUCAUCUUCGCCUACCCCAAGGCGUCCACUCCCGGAUGCACCCGGCAGGUGUGUGGCUUCCGAGACAAAUACGACGACUUCAAGAAGGUCGAUGCCACCGUGUUUGGAUUGUCGGCUGAUUCCACCGCCGCCCAGAAAAAGUUCCAGACCAAGCAGAAUGCGCCCUACGAGCUGCUGUCCGACCCCAAGCACGAACUGAUUGGCAUUCUGGGCGCCACCAAGACCCCCGGAAAGGUGCCCAAGGGCGUGAUUCGCAGCCAUUGGAUUUUCAAGAACGGAAAGCUCGCCGUCAAGGAGGUCAAGAUUGGCCCCGAGGCCAGUUAUACCCAGGCGCUGGAAGAGGUUCAGAAGGAGUAG